UGUUGCUAUGACGCAACGGCGACUGCGCCGUGGGAAGCGAGCGAGGAGUUGAAUGAGUUCUCUGCACAGUUGAGGCGAAGCAGCGUCGAGGGGACUGACAGCGGCCGAGGGGACGCACACGGGGGCCCGGUGCUGCCACGGGAACACGCAGCCAGGUGCGUCCGCUAGCCGCGCAGCUAGCCGUGUCAUGACGGCGCGGAGAGAUUCCUCCCACAUCUGUACGACGCUGCAGCGCGAGCGGAGAGGCACCGACACCCCGCUGGCCCUCCUCCGCUGAAAGAGAGGAGUGGAGAGGAGGUGGGUUUAUCCCCCCCCCCCCCUCAUUGUUUUUUACUCUCCGGUGCCACUGCCGCUCCUCAACCCCCCGGGCGACCCAGUGGACCUAACCGCGCCUCACACUGGACCGCCAUGGCAGAGAGAACCUCCAGCGGGUUGCUAACGAUGACGUUGGAGCCCACGCCGGCCGUCGCGAUGACCCUGCCGGCGGAGGUGCGGGAGAAGCUGGCGGAGCUGGAGCUGGAGCUGUCUGAAGGGGACAUCACUCAGAAGGGCUAUGAGAAGAAAAGAGGCAAGCUCUUGGCACCGUACAUCCCACAGAUACAAGGUGUAGACCCAUCUCUGCAGAUUGACAACAGAAUCCAGGCCUCCACUCAAGCUGUUCUUCCAGGUUCCAAACACAACAAGUCCCGGGCUGCCAACACCCGGGAUGAACGCUUCAGAUCUGAUUUGCACACAGAAGCCGUCCAAGCAGCUUUGGCCAAGUAUAAAGAGAGGAAGAUGCCCAUGCCCUCUAAGAGACGAUCCGUGCUAGUUCAGUCAUCUGUUGAGGCAUGCACCCCACCAGACACCUCCUCAGCGUCAGAAGAUGAGGGCUCACUACGCCGACAGGGACGUCUGGCUACCUCCACGCCCUACCAGGGCCACGGCCACCCAGCCGUUGAGCACUGGUUUAACCGUGUCAUCCAGGGCUCGUCCACUUCAUCCUCUGCGUCAUCCACCUCAUCCCACCCAGGAGGGAGAUCCGUCACCACCACCAACACCACUGCCCACGCAGCCCUCAACGCCAACGCCGCAGCUACCGCACUGGCCGACCUUAUGGCACACACCCAGCUAGAUAACCACUCAGCACCCCCCGAUGUGACAGGGCUGUCGGAACGCUCCUCGAUUCACGCGGAGCGGCCCCAGGUGGCCUCGGUCCGUGGCAUUUCCCGCGGCUAUAACCACCACACCAGCGUCAUGGAGACCGCAGAUGGCUGUGAGUGGGGAGGUGAAGGAUCCCUCAGUUUAAUGGAUGGUGUUCCAGUCAACAGUCGCGUCUCCUCUAAAAUCCAGCAACUGCUAAACACUCUGAAGAGGCCGAAGCGGCCGCCACUGCGAGAGUUCUUUGUGGACGACUUCGAGGAGCUUUUGGAUGUUAUGCAGCCAGACCCCAACCAGCCAAAGCCAGAAGGCCAGCACAUGAGUCCUCUUGAAGGAGAGCCUCUUGGCGUGGUCACCAACUGGCCCCCCUCUCUGUCGGCAGCCUUACAGCGGUGGGGUACGACUCAGCCCAAGAGUCCCUGUCUGACAGCACUUGACAACGCUGGCAAGCCGGUUUACACACUCACCUAUGGUAAACUGUGGACCCGCAGUCAGAAACUGGCCUAUACUCUUCUUAACAAGCUGAGCACCAGAAACGAACCGUUGCUUAUGCCUGGAGACAGAGUUGCACUCGUUUUCCCCAACAACGACCCGGUGAUGUUCAUGGUGGCCUUCUACGGCUGUCUCCUGGCAGAGCUGGUCCCUGUGCCCAUCGAAGUGCCGCUGACCAGAAAGGACGCAGGAAGUCAACAGAUUGGCUUUCUGUUGGGCAGCUGCGGCGUCACAUUGGCACUGACCACCGACGCUUGUCAGAAGGGCCUGCCCAAAGCACAAACUGGGGAGGUAGCCACUUUCAAAGGCUGGCCGCGGUUACUUUGGUUUGUGACAGAUGGAAAGCAUGUUGUGAAGCCUCCAAAAGAUUGGCACCCUCCAAUACGUGAAGCCAGUAAUGACAUCGCCUACAUAGAGUACAAAACCAGUAAGGAAGGAAGCACAAUGGGAAUCACAGUGUCCAAUUCAGCCAUGCUGGCUCACUGUCACGCCCUCACACAGGCCUGCGGCUACACUGAAUCUGAGACCAUAACCAACGUCCUGGACUUCAAGAGGGAAGCAGGUUUAUGGCAUGGUGUUCUCACUAGCGUCAUGAACAGGAUGCAUGUUAUCAGCAUUCCUUACUCCCUGAUGAAAGUCAACCCACUCUCCUGGAUACAGAAGGUUCACUCAUACAAAGCGCGGGUAGCAGUGGUGAAAUCGAGGGACAUGCACUGGUCUCUGCUGGCUCAGAGAGACCAGAGAGACAUCAGCCUGAGCUCACUGCGCAUGCUGAUUGUAGCCGACGGCGCCAACCCAUGGUCGAUAUCCUCCUGCGAUGCUUUCCUCAAUGUGUUCCAGGCACGUGGGCUGCGACCUGAGGUGAUCUGUCCAUGUGCCAGUUCCUCGGAAGCCAUGACUGUCGCCAUCCGCAGACCUCCAGAAAUGGGCGUUCCUCCUCCAGGGAAGGCGGUGCUGUCUAUGGGUGGGCUGAGCCACAGCGUGAUCCGUGUGGACACAGAGGAGAAACUCUCUGUCCUCACAGUGCAGGACGUGGGACAGGUCAUGCCUGGAGCUCUUGUCUGCGUGGUGCGGGUGGAGGGGACACCGUAUCUCUGUCAGACAGAUGAGGUUGGAGAGAUCUGCAUUAGCUCAGGUACCACUGGUGUGGCUUACUAUGGCCUCCCAGGCAUGACCAAGAACAUCUUUGAGACCAUCCCGGUAACAUCGUCCAGGGUUCCCAUCGGUGACAAACCCUUCACAAGGACCUCGCUGCUUGGCUUUGUAGGACCAGACAGCCUCAUGUUUGUUGUGGGGAAGAUGGACGGGCUGAUGGUGGUCAGUGGGCGGAGACACAACGCUGACGACGUAGUUGCCACAGCUCUGGCAGUGGAACCCAUGAAGUUUGUGUACAGGGGGAGGAUAGCAGUGUUCUCUGUGUCUGUGCUGCAUGACGAGAGGAUCGUCGUCGUGGCAGAACAGCGGCCGGAUGCCUCUGAAGAAGACAGCUUCCAGUGGAUGAGCCGUGUCCUUCAGGCCAUAGACAGCAUCCACCAGGUCGGGGUCUACUGCCUGGCUCUGGUGCCUGCCAACACGCUCCCAAAGGCUCCCCUGGGUGGCAUUCAUAUAUCUGAGACCAAGCAGCGUUUCCUGGAGGGUGCCUUGCACCCCUGCAACGUCCUCAUGUGCCCUCACACCUGUGUCACCAACCUUCCCAAGCCAAGACAAAAACAGCCAGAAGUUGGUCCCGCUUCUAUGAUAGUGGGCAACCUGGUGGCGGGCAAGAGGAUAGCACAAGCCUGUGGGAGAGACGUGGCACAACUAGAGGACAAUGACCAGGCACGUAAGUUCCUUUACAUUCAGGAUGUGCUACAGUGGAGAGCUCAGGCCACUCCAGACCAUCCUCUGUUCCUUGUUCUCAAUGCUAAGGGCACGGUGGCGAGCACAGCUUCCUGUCUGCAGCUGCACAAGCGCGCAGAGCGGGUGGCCGUGGCUUUGAUGGGACGCCUGAACACUGGAGACCAUGUAGCACUCGUCUACCCGCCAGGAAUUGAUCUGAUCGCCACAUUCUACGGCUGCCUGUACGCUGGCUGUGUGCCAGUCACCGUCAGACCCCCACACCCCCAGAACCUGGCCACCACCCUGCCCACUGUCAAGAUGAUUGUUGAGGUCAGUAAGUCGGUGUGUAUCCUGACAACCCAAGCAAUAAUGAAGCUGCUGAAAUCCAAAGAGGCUGCUGCUGCUGUGGACAUCAAGAGCUGGCCCAUGGUGCUGGACACAGAUGACCUCCCCAGGAAGAAGAGUCCCCAGAUGUACAAGCCUCCGACCCCAGAGAUGUUGGCUUACCUGGACUUCAGCGUGUCCACGACAGGCAUCCUAGCUGGGGUCAAGAUGUCUCAUGCUGCCACCAGUGCCUUGUGUCGCUCCAUCAAGCUGCAGUGUGAGCUCUACCCUUCCCGGCAGAUCGCCAUCUGUCUGGACCCCUACUGCGGCCUGGGCUUUGCCCUCUGGUGCCUCUGCAGCGUGUACUCGGGCCACCAGUCGAUCCUGGUUCCCCCUCUGGAGCUGGAGAGCAACGCCUCCCUCUGGCUCGCUGCAGUCAGCCAGUACAAAGUGCGAGUCACCUUCUGCUCGUAUUCGGUCAUGGAGAUGUGCACCAAGGGCCUGGGUUCACAGACAGAAGCACUACGGUUGCGAAAUGUGAACCUGUCCUGUGUGCGCACAUGCAUGGUGGUGGCAGAGGAGAGGCCCCGCAUAGCGCUCACUCAGUCCUUCUCAAAGAUCUUCAAAGACUUGGGGCUUUCACCACGCGCCGUCAGCACUACAUUUGGCUGCAGGGUGAACGUAGCGAUCUGUUUGCAGCCCAACAGGUUAGGGAAACUGGCUGAGCAGGGCACUGCUGGACCGGACCCCACCACUGUUUAUGUGGACAUGAGAGCUCUACGUCAUGACAGGGUUCGCCUAGUUGAGAGAGGGUCACCACACAGUCUGCCACUGAUGGAGUCUGGCAAGAUCCUUCCAGGGGUGAAAGUGAUCAUUGCAAACACAGAGACCAAAGGGCCCCUGGGAGACUCCCAUCUGGGAGAGAUCUGGGUGAGCAGUCCUCACAAUGCCACAGGCUACUACACGGUUUAUGGGGAGGAGGCGCUGCAUGCCGACCACUUCAACACCAAGCUCAGCUUCGGCGACACCCAGACUGUCUGGGCGAGGACGGGCUACCUGGGCUUCCUGCGGCGCACUGAGCUGACCGAUGCCAGUGGAGAGCGCCAUGACGCCCUCUAUGUGGUGGGCUCUCUUGAUGAGACUCUGGAGCUAAGGGGAAUGAGGUACCACCCGAUUGACAUCGAGACCUCCGUUAUCCGUUCUCAUAAGAGCAUAGCUGAGUGCGCUGUGUUCACCUGGACCAACCUCCUUGUGGUGGUUGUGGAGCUGGAGGGAUCCGAGCAGGAGGCCCUGGACCUGGUGGCGCUGGUCACCAACGUUGUCCUGGAGGAGCAUUACCUCAUCGUCGGGGUGGUGGUGGUGGUCGACCCCGGCGUCAUCCCCAUCAACUCCAGAGGGGAGAAGCAACGCAUGCACCUCAGAGACGGAUUCCUGGCUGACCAGCUGGACCCCAUAUACGUGGCCUACAACAUGUGAGGGCCUGGCUGCAGGAGGGUUCCCCUCUUAUCGCACUACAAGAGACCACAGGACAAAAAAAGAAAAUAUGGAGCUUGUAAUGGCCGUGGGCCCCGUGUCAGUGUUGUAGAAUGAGAGCACACUGCCCUCUCCUGUCAGCUCACAGAGGGGAAAGUAACGUGGGCGCUGAACUUUACAGCAAGAUGGAGAGAAAUUCCAAGAGAUAUAAAACUGACUCAAACCUAACAUCUGUUUCUCCCUCAGAUUUUUUGUUUUAUUGCCUCAACAAAUAAUGUUUUAACAGGCAUUUUGUUCAAGUGAGUUUUGUAUGUACGACAAAACUUGUAAUAGAAUUACAACAGGUGGUUAAGUUUUAAUACAAUACUGUGCCAUUAAUUAUUUUACUCUGUCAAUCUCAACAAUACUAGACUAUUAGUUAUGGUUUGUCAUACACUCGUGCCAUAGAACAAGACUGACGCCAGUAACCAAACUCUGUUUCCAACAACCUCUCUAACACGUUUCAUGUUCACGGAGCCUCUUGUACCAUUAAGGUCAUAUGCUUUUCUUGAAAAAAAAUAAAAUCUACCCUACCAGCAUUAUCAUUACAUCUGCGAAGGGGCAGCCCCUCAGAUUACGGCUGCAUCCUGAAGUGAAACCUGGUUUUCGUGUUCCGGCUCAGCUCCGAUCGCGUCAUUGCAUCAAACAAAGAAGCACAGGGUGAAGCAGCGGUGUUAGAAAGGGAACAAGAAGUGUUAUUCGUUGCUCAUUCCAGCAGUAACGCUUUAGUUUGUCCCGUCGGCAACAAAAGGUUCAGAAGUAAUGUUGUGGCUUGACUAAUUCUUGGAUCUGUUCAAAAUCGGAAAAUGUGUAAUGUAGUGUUUGAUCUGAACAAAAUGCAAUAUGAGUGAUGUGAAAGAUGUUGCUUUGAACGACUGCAGAUAUUAAGUACCAGUCUUUCGAGGUUGUGACAUAGGGAGGAAUAUACCGAUCAGCCACAAGAUUAAAACCACAUGCCUCAAAUUGUGUAGGUCCCCCUCAUGCCGCCAGAUGGACAGAGGACCUUUGGAGGUGUCCUGGGGUGUUGGGACACAGUCCAUGGAUCCUUUGGGGCUGGGGGUUGUUUUGGGGCUGAUCCUACAUGCUUGAUCGAAUCGGGAUCUGGGGAGUUUGGAGGCUGCAUCAAAGCCUUGGGCUUUUUUGAAAUGUUUUUCUUCUUUGUGGAGCCACAUUGUCCUUCACAUUGCAGGGGGUUGUUCUUGCCGUUUGGUUGGAUGGGUGGUCUGUCGAAGUAACGCCAGGACGAAGGCCAGGACCUGCGGUUUCACUGCAGAACAUUAGCCUAUAACGGGAUAAUAGUUGUUAUCCAGUUCACCCGUCAGUGGUUUUAAUGCCGCGGCUGAUCGGUGUAAUCGUUGCUCACUGUUAGCAGCCAAAUGACAUGAAAUAAGCCUUAAGUGUUUUUUCAGAUGCCUAUUCCAGCUCCUGCUUGUCUGUCCCUAUCAUUAGCUGUGUUGAAUGUCUUUCAUAGCGAAAGACUGGAAGAAAUUGCAGUUGUCAUGGGUUUGAUGCAGAAUGUCGUAGCCUCAUUUCACGAUGCAAAGGGUUGAGUGGAAGUUGAAAAAUGUUGCGAGCUGCAUUUAAGAGACAAGUGUUGUGACAUCAUAACAUCUCAUGUCAUCAUUGCGUAAAGAUUCGCUUCAUUGUACGUCGCUUAUUUUUUCUACGUGCGCAUCCCUUCAGAAACGGGCUGCAGCCUGCUGUAAGUAUGUACAGGUUUUGUGUAAAUUAUUAAUAGAUGGGGGAGAUGACAGGAAGCAUAAAUCAAAGACUGAAUCUGGUAUGUACGUGAACUUGUCCCACACAAACAAAAAUUAUUUGAAAAUGGAUUUCUAAUGUGUGCACAUUGGGAGAGAGAUGGGAAUCCUAUUAAACCUUUUUUUUUAAGUGUGGAAGAACGGUAGGAACCUCCAGGACAGGGCACAGCACACAUCGAGCACAAGGAGAAGACGGGGAAACGUUUUGCUCUGGUGUCUGCCGAGAUGUUCCACCCUCCCUAGCAAACUUUUAUUGUUAACAUAUGGAAAAGAUACAUUUGUCUGAUAUAUGGUUAGUUGUCAUUAUUUUCAUAACAUGAUUUCUUAAUGAAUAAAAAAGUGCUUUUAACUUGAAA